CGCCCGUCGGCCCAGGGAAGAAGGUGUACGGCGGUUGGGCCGGGUCAGGAAGGGCAGGUUUUAAAGGAGCCGGAGGUGGGAAUAGUCCGAGAACCGGGAUCAGCGGGAGGCGGCGGGAUCUGGCAAGGCUGAAAGUCCGCUAGUGGGACCUGGUGGGAAGAACUUGACAAACUUGUGAGGGUGAAAGCGCUUGGAUCGGUCUGAGGGGAGGAAAAUAGUUGCAAUUCGCUGGAGAGGAGGAAAGUCACCGAGGGAAGCUAUUUCAAAGAAUAUCCUCCUUCCACCCCCAUGAAGGAAGAAGCUUUUGAGGGCUCUUAGGAGAAGGUGCAGGAUCAGAGGCACAACUUUAUGGUACAAAGACUUGUAAAGGACUUGAUGGAGAGGAGGGUUGUUCUAAGAGAGAUGGUUGGGCGGGCUCCCCCAAGGACCCGAUAGGAGAGAGGAAGAACUAUCGGGAGAAUCUUUGAGUCUCUAGAAAAAGAUACAUGUAAGUGUCCAAGAAGUUGUGAAAGAGGAAUUUUUCAUUGGGCUUGAGGAAACAGGUGAAUCUUUUAAAGGUUCCCAAGGGAGGAAAAAAUUCUAGGGAAUUUCCUGAGGAAUUAGAUAGUGGGAUGUAAUUUGUAAUGGACUCCUUCAAGGUAUUAACAGUAUUAUGGGAGUGAAGGGAUUCUCCAGUAAAGAUUAAAGGUAUUCUUUUAUGCCUAGCAAAGAGGGUGCCAUGUUGGGGACAGCCCUGGAAGAUGGGCUGACCCUUACUCCCCUCCCCCCUACCCCAGGCUGCAGCCAGGGGUUAAACCUGGGACCCUUCAGGGACUCCCUGAAGCUAUCGCUAACCCUAUGGACUUGCCCCAAGAUUCCAGUCAGCCUUCCCUCAACCGGGAACCACUGGUCAGAGCACCAUGGGGAACAAGAACUCGGAAGCGGCCAAGGCUGCAGCAGCAGCUUGGAGAACCCAGGUUGAGCCAGAGGGUGGCAGGGACUGCAUCACCCCUGGAGAAGGCUUCUCAGAGAGUCCUUACUGUGGUGCUGGAGGAUGUCAUUGCCACCAGAAUGUCCCAAGAAAUGCUCCCUGAAAUGUCCUCCACUACACCACGACGGAGCAGUAGACUAGAAUCCAGCCGCUCCCAGCCUUCUAUCUCCCCCCUGGGCCAAUCUUCCUGGAGCCCUCAGUCAAGACCUCCUGACUGGCCUACCUUGUGUCGGGAACCACUGACUCGAGCUCCAAAGCGAAUUGGAAUUCAGAGGAGGCGGCCACUACAAUUGGGAACAUCCAGGCGGGGGGCUGAGGAGAACCCUUUACACCAAGACAAGCCCUCCCAGCCAGCCCUGCUUGUGAUGUUGGAGGACAUCAAGAAUCCUCAGUCUCCAGUGAAGGUCCAGGAGCGGCUGGGCUUCAACAAUGAGACUGAAGACCCAGGGAUCUCAGCAUGCAGAGUUGAUCAUAUGACAGCUAUUCACCAAUCAAUGCCUUCCUCCAUGGACUUGGACUCAGUGUUUCGACAGGCCUCUCCUGUGGACCAUUCUGAAUGCAUUUUGCCAGGCUCAGAGCCAGAGACCCCAUCUCCCCCACCCUCCAGCCUCUUGCGGCCACGCCUGAGCCCUUGGGGCCUGGCACCACUCUUCCGCUCUGUCCGCUCUAAGCUGGAGAGCUUUGCUGACAUCUUCCUUACCCCAACCAAAACCCCCCAGGCCCCACCUACAAUCCCUACAUCCCCAGCCUCACCCAUGAAGCUGGAGCUGAAGAUUGCCAUCUCCGAAGCCCCUGAGUCUGGGAGAGUCCGGGUAGAGGAGGGGGAGGGGCCUGUAAGCCCUCGCCCCCCCAUCCGUCAGUGGAGGGCCCAGGACCCUGGCCUCCCUGCUGCCCCUAGGCCUCCUUUGGGUCGAAGCCACUCCUGCCCGGACCUGGGGCCCCCUGGGGAAGGGGGAUGUGCAUGGUCCAUCUUCCCUCCACAUCCAAAUAGGCCUCGGCCCAGAAGGCACACGGUUGGGGGCGGGGAGCUGGCUCGGGCCCCACCACCUUCCCGUCCUUGCCUUCGAAAAGAGGUUUUUCCCUUGGGAGGGUCAGGUGCUCCCCCAAACAUUGUCACCACCUGCUCUCCUGCUUCCACUUCCUCCUCUUUUUCGGACCUGCCAGAAUCCAGGGUUUGCUCCCCACAAGGGGAGGAGCAACAACGGCCAGAGGACAUGGUGCUGUCAGACUCUGAGACCAAGGCUGUGGGAAAGGUCUCCUGCUUUCGGAUCAGAAGGACACCAUCCAGGACUCAGCCCAACCUCACUCCAAUGGGGCUGCCUCGGCCAAUCAGGUUGAAUAAGAAGGAGUUCAGCCUAGAGGAAAUUUACACCAACAAGAAUUAUCGGUCCCCUACAGCCAAAAGGUCCUUUGAGACUAUCUUUGAAGAGCCUCGAGAGCGGAAUGGAACCCUGGUCUUUACAAGUUCUCGGAAGCUUCGGAGAGCAGUGGAAUUCCGAGACUGCAGUCUCCCUCGGCACCGAAGGCCUUCCAGGGCAGUUCGCCCUGCCCCAGGCCGAGCCCCUACCCCUGACCUGGGACCUUUGCUGCAGCAGAGGCUGGAGGAACUAGAUGCCUUGCUGUUGCAAGAGGAAGAGGAGCCAGGCAAGGGUUAGGAGCUUUAGUUUUAACGUCCAGCAUCAUGUCCGUCCAGCCCUGGAAAGUGGACCUUGCCCUUGGGAGGAGGGGACCUGGAGAGGGGUGUUCAGUCAGAAGACUGUUUUUCUCCCUAAUGUUAGUAAAGUUUUUCAUAUGGUUA